AUGGCCCCCGGAGCUAUUAAAGAUCGAAGGCCAUGCAGCCAUCACAUCCUUGUUCACACCCACAGGCGCCUCGCAAUCAGCAGUUCCCGCCAGGGAAGGGAAGGCCCCCUGAUGUGCAAUGCCACGUACCCUAUCCGUAGGCCGUACACGAGAGGUAACCUCGCGAGGAGACGGGAGGAUGAGAAUAAGGGAGCGAGCAGGAAGGUCGAGAGGCCUCGAAAUGAGGAGGACGACGAGGACGACGACGACGAUGAUGGGUUUGCCCCUUUCGAUGGAGUCACUUCCGGUAGCCGUCCUGCAGCGGCAGGCCGUCUCCCCUCGACUCCGACGUUGGGCUUCCCCAACUGGAUGUACUCGUACUGCACUGUAUACCCCACUUGGCACCGUACCCACCUACCUUGUCAAGGUGUCAAUCAAGGUUUCGAGCCCUGA